AUGUCGCGGUGCGUGCCACGCGCAAGGAUCGUCCAACCUGCUUCACUUUGCAAGUGGCGGGCAUUGGAUCCCAAACUCCUGAGACACUCGGGGCACGCUGAAGGCGCAGCGAGGGGGAGGCCCAAUGUGGUUCUCUGCUCUGCGGCCAAGAAUCUGUACGAUGUGCUUGGUGUGCAACAAAGUGCCUCUACAAAAGAAUUGAAGGCCGCAUAUCGCAAGAAGGCGUUAAAGCUUCAUCCUGAUGUGAACAAAUCGCCAAACGCCAAAGAUGAUUUCAUUGAUGUCAUGCAUGCGUAUCAGACUUUGUCUGACCCAGCGGCAAGAGCUAAGUACGACACCAAGCUACGACUGGGUUUUGAUGAGCGGUCAUCUGGCAAGGACGGCUUUCGUCCUGGCUAUGAUUGGAGCUAUGAGACUGGUAGAAAGAGAGAAGAAGAGAUUGCUUUCAGCUUGGAAGAUUUGCUUCGCGAGCUGGAAAAGGAACUCAACAUAUGGACCUCGAAGAGGUCCAAGGAAGCGCCUCCAAAAGGCUUCUGGGCUGCUCUUGGCGAGGAGUUUGUGGAGUUCCUUGAGGAGGGCAUCGGAAUCAAGAAUGAGGGUGAUGCCAGUCAAACGACCCAGAGACGCUCAUCUUCUGGAAAAUCAAGGCCUUCCAGUAGGACGUCCCAACCAUACAGCAACUCAGAGAGACCACGGGCACCCACAACAGAAACGCCACCACCAGCCACCAGAGACGAAAAUGAGGAGGUAGAAGAGAUGCUGAGAGCUUUGAAGAAGAAAAAGGGGCUGUGA